AUUCCAAUCCCUCCUGUGCAAGUUUCUGGAGCACUCCUGGCCUGACAAAAGUCCAUGCUUCAAAGCGUAUUCUUAAGCCAAUUCUCAAUCCUCCUCAUCCAUCCCAGCAACCAAGUCUCUCAAAACCAGCUUGUACUUGUGAGUGCACCUGUCACAGCAUUUUGUUGGCCAUGAUGAAGGAUGUCAAGCAUGAACAAGGACAGAGGCUAACUGUGAUGGAGCUACAAGUCCAGUCACUAAUUAACCACUUUGGCCUCAGGAGUAAAACCUCUUCCUUUGUGGGUCAUGUGAAUCUCAGAUUUAAAACACCAGAAGUGUCACUGUUCUCUGAUUGCAUCAAAGCAGAUGAAGAGUAUGGAGAAGAAUCAAUUGCUAUUCUGGCAUCUACUAUCUGAAAUAUGGAAGGGAAGAAAGCAGUCUCAACUCUCAUGCGUCAACUCAUGGAUGAUGGAGCUGCCCUUUACUUUGUUUGCAAGUCCACAAGACACAAGGAGAAGCAGGCCCUUACAGAACUGGGCAUCUUUGACCUCAUAUCAAAAGCUAUUGAUUGCAGUGGGAAAGCUGCUUCCAUGUCCCAACAAGAGAGAACCAUCUUUGUUAGUGACUGAUUUCGGCAGGCUAAGGAGCGCCUUUAUCAGAAGGAACCUGCCC